AUGUCUUCCAGCGUAAAUCUCGAUGGAGCGCCUAGACCGUCUUAUGUUUUUAGUGCUGAACCAGUUGUAAGACCUUCAGAAAUCAAUUUUGAUGCGAUCAAGCUGGAUCUCUCACAUGAAUUUUCCUUAGUUGCUUCGAACACUGAGGCAAGCGGUUUGGAAUCUAAAGAUUAUCUCCAAGUUUAUCUUCGAGUAAGACCAUUCACACAACCAGAAAAAGAACAUGAAUCUGAGAGUUGUGUGUAUAGUCUAGACUCCCAGACUAUUACGCUAAAAGAUCCACAGAGCAUCUCUGGUAGAUUAAAUGAGAAAAGUUCUGCACAGAUGGCACAAAAAUUCAGUUUCUCUAAGGUGUUUGGUCCAGAAACUACACAAAAGGAAUUUUUCCAGGAUUGUACUAUGCAAUCAAUAAAAGACCUCUUGAAAGGAGAAAGUCGGCUGAUUUUCACUUAUGGACUAACGAACUCAGGAAAAACAUACACUUUUCAAGGCACAGAAGAGAAUGUUGGCAUCCUGCCUCGAACUUUGAAUGUGUUAUUUGACACACUUCGGGAAAGACUGUAUGCAAAGAUGAACCUGAAACCACAUCGAUCCAGAGAGUAUUUACGGUUAACACCAGACCAAGAAAAAGAGGAAAUCACUAGAAAAAGUGCAUUGCUUUGUCAAAUUAAAGAGAGAAAGAUGCUACGCCUUUCCCAGGAUGUAAAGGGCUAUUCUUUUAUAAAAGAUCUACAUUGGAUUCAAGUUUCUGAUUCCAAGGAAGCAUAUAGACUUUUGAAACUAGGAAUAAAGAAUCAAAGUGUUGCCUUUACAAAACUGAACAGUGCUUCCAGUAGAAGUCACAGCAUAUUCACUAUCAGAAUAUUACAGAUCAUAGAUUCUGAAACGCCUCGUGUAAUACGAGUCAGUGAAUUAUCUUUAUGUGAUCUUGCUGGUUCAGAAAGAAGCAUGAAGACACAGAAUGGCGGCGAAAGGUUAAGAGAGACUGGGAAUAUCAAUACUUCUUUAUUGACUCUCGGGAAGUGUAUUAACGUUUUGAAGAACAGUGAAAAGUCAAAGUUUCAACAUGUGCCUUUUAGGGAGAGUAAACUGACCCACUAUUUUCAAAGUUUCUUUAAUGGAAAAGGGAAAAUAUCUAUGAUUGUCAACAUCAGCCAGUGUUGUUUUGCCUAUGACGAAACUCUCAAUGUGCUAAAGUUCUCAGCCAUUGCACAAAAGGUUUGUAUUCCAGAGUCUUUAAAUUCCUCUCAAGAGAAAUCAUUUGGACCUGUCAGAUCUUCUCAGGAUAAAUCAUUAGACAUUAAUAAUUCAGAUAAAAAAAUAUUAAAUGAGAAAAGAUCCACCAUUGCAUGGGAAAGUAACCUAGAAGAUUUGAUGGAAAGCGAAGAUGUGGUUGAAGAUUUAGAAAGCACUGAAGAAGAGCAGAAUGUGGAAACUGAGCUAAAUGCUGAUCUAGAUAAAACGAUCGAGGAAGCCCAGGCGAUGCUCGAUCAUGAGGAGAAGCGAAAACUGUUGGAUUUAAUAGAAGACUUGAAAGAAAAACUGAUAAAUGAAAGAAAGGAAAAAAUAACAUUGGAGUUUAAAAUACGCGAAGAAGUUACAGAGGAGUUUUCUCAAUAUUUGGCUCAAAGGGAAGCUGAUUUUAAGGAAACUCUUCUUCAGGAACGAGAGAGAUUAGAAGAAAGUGCUGAUUGUCGUUUGGCUAUCUUCAAGAACUUGAUUGAUAAAUCAGACACUCAGGGAGCACCAUUGAAUGAAGAUCAUGCUGUGAGAGUCAAAUCUGAAGAAGCACAUACUUUUGUAGGAAUUGAAGAUGUUAUUGAUUCUCUUCAAGAUGAUGUCACUGAUAUUAAAAAACAGGCUGAAGUUGCUCACUUAUGUAUUGCAUCUCUUGCUGACCCCCAGGAGGCUAUUGCUUCUUUAGAAAUAAAGUUUAAUCAAGUUAAAGCUGAAUUAGAUCAAACCAAAGAGAAACUAAUUGAAACCCAAGAAGAGUUAAAAAAGAGACAAAAGGGAUCUGACAAGACUGAUACUUCUCUAAUAACAAACAAUAGAUCGCCUUGUAGUGAAAUAGUUGAAAUGCCUAAGGAUUGUGAAACUAAACACUGUUCUGGAAGAAAAAGAUCAAAUGAAAAUGAACUUCCAGAAGAGGAACCACCAGCAAAGAAAGGACCAUUACAUGGUAAUCCAACUGUCACUGAAGACCAAACGAGUGAAGUAAUACAACAGACCAUUUCAGAAGAUAAGGAAAAUUACAGAGUUUUACUAGAAAAGAAUGAAGAGCUUAAAAGACAUUUACUUAUUAUUGAGAAUGAACUUAGAAAUGAAAAGGAAGGAAAAGCAGAACUAACUAAACAGAUUGCUGUUUUACAGCAAGAAGUUUGUUCUUCUGAAAAAAUGAAUUCUACUCUUAGCAUAGAGAUCCAACACAUUCAGUCAAACUAUGAUAGCACCGUUUCCGACUUACAUGUACAAAGAGGUAUAAAUCAGGAGCAGGAGGAGAAGAUCGUAAAGUUGUCUGAAGACAUCGAAACUGCUAGAAGAACCAUAACAAACAAUGUUUCACAAAUAAAAUUAAUGCAAGCAAAAAUCGAUGAACUGCGUACUUUUGACUCAGCUUCUCAGAUCUCAAACAUAGAUUUACUCAACCUCAGGGACCUGUCAAGGGGUUCUCAAGAGGACGAUUUGUCAAGUACACAGUUAGGUCUUAUAAAUAAAGAUUAUUUGGUAAGUAAGCAUGUCAAAGAAUAUCCCAUUCAUGAGUUCAGUAGAGAAAAUUCUUUCCACUCUAGCAUUGAAGCUAUUUGGGAGGAAUGUAAAGAAAUUGUAAAGACUUCGUCCAAAAAAAGUCAUCAGAUCCAAAACCUGCAACAACAAAUUGAAAAGUUACAAGCAGAACUAAAAGACUACAUGGAUGAAAACAGUAGACUGGAAAUAGAGGAGAGGAAAACAAAAACUCAAGGUGACUUACUAGAAGAAAAAGAAACUCAGAUACAGCAACUGAAAGAUGAACUGCAAGAAAAAAACUCUAGCCUUGAGGUUCAAGUACAGCUUGUAGCUGAAGGGAAGAGAGCACUUUCAGAACUUACACAAGAUGUUACUGGCUAUCAGGUGAAAGUAAAAGAGCUUGAAGCAGUCAUAGAAACCCAAAGUGAAGCAUGUAGUCAUUCAACACAGUUAAAGCAAGAAAUUUUGGAAAAGGAGUCUGUCAUCUUAACGCUAGAAAAAAAUCUCAAUGAACUUCAAGAAAAUCUUGAGGGCUCUAUCCAAACCACCAAAGAACUCAAAGAAAGGGAAGUCCAGUUGAAUCAGGAAAUAACACAGUUAAGAAAUGAAUUGCAAGAUGCCAAGCAUUCACUUCAAUUAAGAGAAAAAGAGGAAGAAACAAACAGACAAGAAAUUGAAAAGUUGAAAGAGGAACUCUCUGAAAACUCAGCUUUGACCCGGAAUCUGAAGAAAGAUCUUCAGAGGAAAGAAGAAGACUAUGCUGAACUGAAAGAGAAAUUAGCUGAUGCCAAAAGACAAAUUGAGCAAGUUCAGAAAGAGGUAUCUGUAAUGCGUGAUGAAGAUAAAUUGCUGAGAAUUAAGAUUAAUGAACUGGAGAAAAAGAAAAACCAGUAUUCUCAGGAAAUAGAUAUGAAGCAGCGAACCAUUCAGCAACUUAGGGAGCAGUUAAAUAACCAGAAAGUAGAAGAAACUGUUCAGCAGUAUGAGAAAGUAUGCAAAGAUCUACAUGCUAAGGAGAAAAUAAUUGAAGACAUGCGAAUGACCCUGGAAGAACAAGAACAAACUCAAGUGGAGCAAGAUGAGCUUCUGGAAGCUAAAUUAGAGGAAACAGAAAGACUGACCUUUGAAUUGGAGACGUUGAAAGAGAGAUACAAAGAUCUGGAAACCAAAAAUAAUCAAAGAUCAAAUAAAGAACUUGAGGAUAAUGAAGAUAUGCUUAGUAAAAAACUCAGUAAACUUCAAGAUGAAUUACAGGAAUCUGAGCAGAAAUAUAAAACUGAUAGAAAGAAAUGGCUAGAAGAAAAAACGAUGCUUAUCACGCAAGCAAAGGAAGCCGAGAAUCUACGAAACAAAGAGAUGAAAAAAUUUGUUGAAGACAGAGAACGUUGUUUAAAGCAGCAAAAUGAAGUGGAAAUGCUAACAGCUCAGCUGACAGAGAAAGACAGUAACCUUCAGAAGUGGCGAGAAGAACGUGAUCAGCUGGUGGCAGCCUUGGAAAUACAGCUCAAAGCUCUCAUUGCCAGCAACGUACAGAAGGACAAUGAAAUUCAACAGCUGAAGAAGAGCUCGUCAGAAAAUGAGAAAAAUGGGUCCAGCGUGGAAACACGUACUGUGGAUAGCAAAUCUGGACCUGAGAGUUCAACAGAUCCUAGUAGAGAUGAAAUUGAACCCCAGUCCACAGGUUUAGAAGUUUCCAUCAAUGAAAUAGAGGAUGGAUCUGAGGUCCUUGACUCUUGUGAAGUGUCAACAGAAAAUAACCCAACGACUCGCUUUCCCAAACCUGAGUUAGAGAUUCAGUUUACGCCUCUCCAGCCAAACAAAAUGGCAGUGAAGCAUCCUGGCUGCUCCUCACCAGUGACAGUGAAGAUUCCCAAGGCCCGGAAGAGGAAAAGCAGCGAGAUGGAGGAGAAUUUUGUGAAAUCUGAAAAUAAGAAGAAUACUACACCCAGAACUAAAUUGAUGUCCCCUUUUCCAGAGCACAAAUAUUCUCUCAAAAAAGAACAACAGGUUUCCACUUGUCCUUCAUCUAAGAAAACUUACUCUUUACGGAGUCAAGCAUCUACGGUUAGUACUAUGUUCGAUACCAAGAAAAAAGAAGGAACACUGCAGAAAUUUGGAGACUUCUUUCACCGUUCACCAACAAUUCUUCAAUCAAAAGCAAAGAAGAUAAUUGAAACAAUAAGUUCUUCAAAGCCCUCAACUGUAGAAGCAGCUAAAGAAAAUACUGUGUCUCAACCAAAACGGGCUAAACGGAAGUUAUACACACGUGAAAUUUCCUCUCCUGUUGAUAUAUCUGGCCAAGUGAUUGUGAUGGAUCCUAAAGUGAAGGAAAGCGAUCAUCAGAUUCUUAAACGACGACUUCGAACUAAAACAGCCAAAUAA